GUAAACUUUUUCACUGGGAACCGUUAGAAGAAAGACGUAGAGUUUUCUGUGAAUACAUUUUAUCGUAAAAUAGGACUGUCUAAAUUCUGUGUGUCUCAAACAUGAAAUACAGGAGAAUAAACCCAGAUAGAGACUUGCUGGUGCUGUUAAUUUAUAGUUUCUCAGAUGAUUUAUCAUAGAAGAGUUACAGACUAGAACCUGAGAACCAAUAUGAACAGGAUAAACUAUGUUUAAAAAACCUUUAGGAUUGUAAGAGAUGUGUUUGUUUUUUGUUUAUUUAUUUAUUUAUUGAAAAGUUUAAGAGCAUGAAAUAUCUGUUUCAGGCUGUAAUUUGAAAGUCAAGUUAUUAUUACGGAUCUGUUCUUCAGUACAUGAGUGAAAAAGAUUAAAAACUUCCAGAUGAAUUUCUUUCUAUCUGAGGGUUGAGAAGGGUGUGAAAAUGUUGAGGGCAGUGAUUUUGUACAUUGGUCAGAUGUCUUUACAAAUCCAGACUCCAGACGUGGCUGUUAAAAUGGAAACCAAAAAAAUGCUGAAAUGAGUGUAGAACAGAUUAUUAAUACACUACUACACUACUGAAAUGUCUACUUAGUAAACUCUUGCUUGUGGAGGCAGGCCAUAGAGUAGAAUUAAAAGAAAAAGAAGGUUGUGCAGUGGACUGUGUAAUGGAUUGCGUAGCAGAACGGAUUUCAGAACGUUCUGAUGACGUUGACAGUUGUUAUAGCUACGGAUAGCAGCGGAUCACUUCAUAGCGCAAUAAAACACCGACGAGGAUCGCAGCAAAAAAGGACGGCGAGAGAAAAGUGCAGCAUUUCUGCUUUUUUUAAACACAAAACGACGGAAAGACUCACGGAUCAUCUUUAUACCACCUUAAUGACAACCACUGAAAUGACGAGCAGCCAGAAAAUGAGUAAGUAAAUGAACAAAAAAGUGAAAAAGACAAAAAAUGAUAUGGUUCUUAAUGUUAAAACGGCAGCUGAAGAAACUCAACACAGACUUGUAAAACUUCCUAAUGCUCCAUAUAUAUUACUCAUUUACUGCUUUUUAACACGUUAAGACCUAUUUGAAUAUGAAAUGCGUUUAUUUCAGGUGAAAACACCGGAUACAGCAAGACCGAGAAGGCUGAAGUUGAUGCUAAGAAACCCAUGGAAAGUUUCGUCACGUCUCUGGACGGAUUUCUGAUAGAUGAGGAAACCGAGACUCAGGCUGUUGCUGAGGAAAGCAGCGUCAAAGAAAAGGAGAGGAAGAAGAAGACCAGGAGAGGGAGACGAGCAGGAAGAAGAAGAAAGAAUAAAAACCAGGUCAACAAAGCAGAAGUAGAUGAGACUGGAAACUUGAUCCAGGCUGAAGCUGUUGAAUCAGCGAACAUCACAUCUGCUGUGGAAAACGCCAGUGGUGAAAAGGAAAAGAAAAGGCGGAUGAGAGGGUCACGAGGCGGAGUAAAAAAGAGGCUUCGGGCCAAGAAAGCAGGUGAUAAGGCAGAAGUUGAGGCUGAAGCUGAAGCUGUUGUUGAAGCUGAAGCUGAAGUGGAAGCCGAGACUGAAGCAGUCGAUGCUGAGGCUGAGGUCGAGGGCGAGAAGGAAGCUGAGACUGAAACUGGUGCUGAGGCUGAUGUGACAGUUGAGGCUGUAGCUGAGGCUGAAGCUCAGACUCAAGUUGAGUUUGAUGCUGAUGCUGAAGCUGAGGCUGACACUUUAGAAAGCAAGUCAGGAGAUGCUGACACAGAGAACAGCACAUCAGCUGAGGAAAGCACCAACAUUAAAAAGCAGAAGAAGAAACGGACCAAAAAGUCAGGAGACGAGGCAGAAGAAAAAAGAAAGUCCGGGUCAACAAAGCAGAAAUGGAUGAGGCUGAAAACAUGGUUCAGGAAGAAGCUGGGGCUGAAGCUGUAAAUAGCAAGCCAGGAGAUGCUCAAUAAGAGAGCAGAAAAUAA